AUGGGGUCCGUGGUGUCCCUCUUUCUGUUGCUGGUGACCGCCCUGGCCCCAUCUCAGGCUGGCGCGGGCUCACACUCCCUGAGGUAUUUCACCACCACCUUGUAUGGUCCUGGCUACCGCAAACCUCGGUUCACCGUCGUGGGCUACGUGGACGACACACAGAUCGUGAGCUUCGACAGCGACUUGCCGAGUCAGCGGGUGGAGCCGCGGGUGUCAUUUGUAGCGCAGGACCCUGAGCAUUUAGAGGAGUUGACACGCCUCGGCAGGGGGAUCUUUAUACUUGGCCGAAUCGAACUGUGGACCCUGUUGGGCUUCCAUAGCCAGGGAGAGAAUGGGUCUCACACUGUCCAGUGGCUAUUUGGCUGUGACGUAGGACCAGACCAUCGCUUCCUCCGUGGAUAUAAGCACGUCGCUUAUGAUUGCCAGGAUUACAUCUCUCUGUCUGAGGACCUGCGCUCCUGGGUUGCGGUUGAUAACGUAGAGGCUCAAAUCACCAGGCGCAAGUGGGAGGCAUCUGGUGUUGCUACAUCAUGGAGGUCUUUCUUGGAGGGCAAGUGUGUGGAGUGGCUUCUCAAAUACCUGGAUAAAGGGAAGGAGAUCCUUGAGCGUGCAGACCCCCCCAAAACAAAUGUGACCCAUCACCCUACACUUGAAGGUGACGUCACCCUGAGGUGCUGGGCCUUGGACUUUUACCCUGCUGACAUCAUCCUGACCUGGCAGAGGGAUGAGGAAGACCUGACCCAGGACAUGGACCUUGUGGAGACCAGGCCUUCAGGGGAUGGGACCUUCCAGAAGUGGGCAGCUGUGGUGGUGCCUUCAGGAGAAGAGCAUAGAUACACAUGCCAUGUGGAGCAUGAGGGGCUGUCUGAGCCCCUCAUCCUGAAAUGGGAGCCACCGCCUCCCUCCGGCUCCACCCCUAUCACUGGGAUCACUGUUGGUCUGGUUCUCCUUGGAGUUUUGGUCACUGGACCUGUGGCUGCCAUUGUGAUGAGGAGGAAGAGUGCAGGUAAGGACGGUGUUUGA